AUUAACUUUUCAAGUUUUGCCGCCAAUCAAUCACCUUCCUCCCUUUCUCUGCAUCUCUCUGCCAAAUCCAAAUCCAAAAAAAAAAACAAAGAUUGUUGUGAAUUUGAAAAUGAAAUCAACAGUUCCUUUCCAAAUAAUCGACGACGACGACGAAUUUGAUUGGGAGGCAGCAGUCAGAGAAAUCGAUUCCGCUUGUGAAAGAGCAAAUAACCCUUCAUCUACUACAAUUAAUCAAGCUUCUUCUUCCAAUUUUACCCCUCCCGUUAAUAUUCUUAAUAAUUCUUCUUAUUAUUCAUGUACAAAGACUGCGACUUCCAAGCAAUCCACGCUCGAUAAGUUUAUUGGCAGAGCGAAUCCGCCGGUGAAGCCAACGGUUGAGGUCCGACAUCAUCAGGGUAAUGGCAUCUUCAACAGUGAUGGGAGGCCGUGUUGCGUUGAGAUUGAUGCCGAGGCAGCUAAAACUUGGAUUUACCCAGUCAAUGUACCUCUCCGGGAAUAUCAAUUAGCUAUAACAAAGACCGCAUUAUUUACAAACACAUUGGUUGCAUUGCCAACUGGGCUCGGAAAGACGCUUAUUGCUGCUGUUGUUAUGUAUAACUACUUCAGAUGGUUUCCUGAUGAUUUGAUGGAAGGCUAUGGGUUAGGGAAAAAAUCUAGUGGUAAAAUAGUUUUUGCUGCUCCUUCUCGACCGCUUGUGAUGCAACAAAUAGAAGCAUGCCAUAAUAUUGUGGGGAUACCACAAGAGUGGACAAUUGAUAUGACCGGCCAGGUAUGCCCUACAAAAAGGGCAUGUUUUUGGAAAACUAAACGAGUUUUCUUUGUUACUCCACAAGUGCUGGAAAAGGAUAUUCAAUCUGGAACAUGUCUGGCAAAACACUUGGUUUGUUUGGUAAUUGAUGAGGCUCAUAGAGCAUCAGGAAAUUAUUCUUACUGUGUAGCAAUUCGCGAGUUGUUGGCCAUACCAGUGCAACUGAGAAUAUUAGCAUUGACUGCGACUCCAGGAUCAAAACAGCCGGCUGUCCAGCAUAUCAUUGAUAACUUACAGAUAUCAGCUCUUGAAUAUCGUAAUGAAAGUGAUCCUGAUGUUAUUCCAUAUGUUCAUGACAGAAAGAUUGAACUAAUUGAGGUUGCAUUGGGGAAAGAAGCUGUUGAUAUUAACAAACGGCUAUUGGAAGUGAUACGUCCAUAUGUGGCAAGGCUUUCUACACUUGGACUUCUCCAGAAUAGAGACUAUCAAACAUUAAGCCCACCUGAUUUACUCAACUCAAGAGAUAAAUUUCGCCGAGCACCUCCUCUGGACCUUCCCCAGAACAGAUAUGGAGAAAUUGAAGCUUGUUUUGGAGGUCUUAUUACUCUUUACCACAUCCGUAAGCUCCUUUCAAGUCAUGGAAUAAGGCCAGCAUAUGAGAUGCUGGAAGAAAAGUUGAAACAAUGGUCAUUUGCAAGACUGAUGGGUAAAAAUGAAGAUAUUAGGAAAAUAAAGCUUUUAAUGCAACAAAGCUUGUCUCAUGGUGCACCCAGUCCCAAAUUGUCAAAAAUGUUGGAAGUACUUGUUGACCAUUUCAAAACUAAGGAUCCACAAAACUCAAGGGUUAUAAUUUUCUCCAAUUUUAGAGGAAGUGUAAGGGAUAUAAUGAACACAUUAGCAACCAUUGGAGAUCUGGUUAAAGCAACUGAGUUUAUUGGUCAAAGUUCAGGAAAAGCAUUGAAAGGCCAAUCACAGAAAGUUCAACAGGCUGUAUUGCAGAAAUUUCGAGCCGGGGGAUACAAUGUAAUUGUUGCAACAUCAAUUGGUGAAGAAGGCCUAGAUAUCAUGGAAGUUGAUCUUGUAGUAUGUUUUGAUGCUAAUGUAUCACCAUUGAGAAUGAUUCAACGCAUGGGAAGAACUGGAAGGAAGCAUGAUGGACGAGUUGUAGUUUUAGCUUGUGAAGGGUCUGAGUUGAAGGGUUACAUGCGAAAGCAAGCAAACAGCAGGGCAAUAAAGAAGCAUAUGCAUAAUGGGGGGAUAAAUAGCUUCAGUUUCCAUUCUAGCUCAAGAAUGAUUCCUCAUAUUUUUAAACCAGAAGUCCAAUUUGUUGAGCUGUCAAUUGAACAAUAUGUUCCUCGUGGAAAGAAAGUGAAGGAUGAUAAUACCAUUCAGACACCAGUUUUCAAAGAAAAUCUAACUGUUGCAGAGACUGCUUUACUUGCCAAGUAUUUCCACCCCGGAAAUACUUGGACACCAUCUCUGAUUGCCUUUCCUCGUUUCCAAUCAUUUCCAUCCAGAGUGCACAGAGUAAUGCAUUCUCACCGUACAGAGAUGCUGAUUGACUCAAUGCAACAUUUGCAAGAUCUAACAUUUACUAGGGAAUGCGGAGCUUUCUCUGCUGAGGAUGAAGCCUCUUCACGUAAGUGCUUGGAAGCUAACCCUGUUCAAGAAGGGGAUAAUGUCAAUGAAGAUGUUGCAGGUCCAGUGACAUGGGACAAUCCUCCAAGCACCAAAUCACAGGAAAAAGUAGUAGAUUCUGAAGAAUCACCCAUACAAACCUUGAGAACUGACAACGAGCACAGUAUGCUGGAUCUUAACAAACUAUGUCGUCCAGCUCAUUCCUAUCUGUUUGGUUCAGAUUAUGUAUCUGUAGAUUCUGUUGGGAAGGUCCUAAUUAUGUCUGUCCCUUUAUUUCCUUCCGAAGAAGCAGCACAUUCUAAGGGUCAAAGUUCCUUAAAUCAAAAUUCUUGCUGUUGGAAGACUCCAGGUCAAAAGGACAAAGAAUUAACCACCCCACACAAAUCCUCUAUGGACCUGACAACUUCUGAGACACAGUACAAAAUGAAUGCCACUCUGGCAAUAUCUAGAUCAUCUAACUCUAUUUCCCAGCAAGAGAAAACAUUGGAUCUGAUGGAAACAAUUCCCGAGGCUCCAAUUUUGAAGAGAAAUCUACCAAAUGAAGAAGAUUGUGCCAGCAAGUCUCUUGAUGUUUUGGGAAUCAAGGCAUCGUCUCUGCAGGCUGAUGAGUUCAAUAAUAAUUUCAAAGAUUCUGAGCUGAGCCCCCGAUUAACAAAUAUGAUUCAAAGUGGUAUUGUUCCAGAGUCUCCAAUCAAUGACAACGGACUGUUAAAUGAUGAAGGAACAAAUGAAUUUAUUGUUCAGGACCUCAUUUCACCCACGAAACUGUGCACUGAACUGCCGUCAAAAUUACAGACUUCACAAAAAAAUGAAACUGUCAUGAAUAGCCAUGAUUGUCAAAAAAACAUUUCAGUUUCUCCGAGUAAUAAUGAAAUUGAAACUCCUCUACUAAAGGUGAAGAAUGUUGCAAGAAAAGGUAGAUUUAUGUCAAUUUCUCCAGUGGUUGAGGAAACUGAUUCUCCCUCGGCAAAUCUUACAAAAAGCAGCAACAGUAAAGAUUGGCUUUUGAGUUCUGGAAACAAGUUAGAAGAUGUUGAACGAGUUUGCAAGUUCAAAAGGCUGCGGAAAGUUGGAGAUAUUGGAGAGAGAAAAAAUUCAAAGGGCACAAUAGAAAAUUCUACAAUCCCUAUCAAAAACCUUAAUAGAUCCUUUUCAGGUAAAAAGAAGCGAGUUGGCAGUGCCAGGGCCUUCAUUGAGGAGGAAGCUGAAGUAUCUUCGGAAGCUGAAAUAUCUGAUGACGAGGCAGAUGACCUGGGAAACAGUUCAAAUGAUGAUAGUUUCAUAGAUGACAGGAUAAAUCCAACAGUGGCAAGUGCUGAUUCCAAAGCUAGCAGAGCUGACAUGAUGGCAGUUUACAGGCGUUCUUUGCUCAGCCAAUCACCAAUGGCAAGGGAAUCUAGUUCUAGUGCCACCUUUACUCCUGAUUACGGGGCGUCUACAAGUAGAAUGAAUGGAAGUGGGAGCUCCUCGGUCAAGACACCUCAAACUGAUUCAGCCAAUCAGUCUGCUGGAAGGGAUUUAGGACCCUUCCAAAUCAACCAAGAGAGGUUCUCUGCAGCAAGGCCCUGUACAACCACUGAUUUUAAGAGAGAGAACGAGACAAGAUCAGAAACCAGGAAAGGAAAUUUUAGUUUUUGUCAAUCAUCUAUUCCUGUUCUGAACUUAGAGCAAAAGUUCUCUUCGCAGUCAGAGGUUCCAGAGAAAGCAUCAUUCCAGCAAGGUCCGGCAGACGAAAUUGAUGCCAAUGAGGACAUAUUCUAUGAUGAUUUUUUUGCCACUCUUGAUCUUGAUGCUGUGGAAGCACAAGCUACAUUACUUCCCAAACAACGAUCAGACUUGUCCGUACAAAAGCAGGAUGUGAUUCUAAAAUCAGACCUACAAGGUUCCCCAUCAUUUGAUCUUGGGAUAUUGUAAUGCAGUGAAAAUCUGUCUAGUUCGCCUCAUACCUUCAAAGAAUUGGCGGAAGCAGGCAUUUUGAAAAUACUCUGGAAAGGUAUGAUCUGUCAAAUAGUCCAACGAGAGAUACGGCUGAUUGGAAGUGUAGUAUAGGUUCGUUUUAAAAUAUAUUUUUAUUUUUAAAAAUUUAUUUUUAUCAUCACAGCAAUUCAAAAAUAUUUUUAAAAAAUAUUAAUAAAAAAAUUCAAAUUUUAAUCCAA